CGUCGGUCUGCUAAAUGAAUUGUACGAUUUCGUCAGUUCCGUAAAGCGUUCCUCCUGGUUUCAUUAAAAAAGAUAGGGGAUUAUCUACGAAGACAACCGCAGUUAUAACAAGGCUUUACCUGGCUAUGUCAUCAACAUAUUCAUAAACUAGAGCACGGGCUAUAGUUUCCCACGGGUAGUUUUUUCCUCGGACCGACAAAAGACCAUUAGUCUCCUCUAAACCGCGCAUAGACUGGGAUGCACUGCCGCUAGCUUGUUAUUAGCUUUGCUCGCUAGCUUCCCGAACGGCUCUGUUUUUACGACGGGACCAAGCACACCACAUAGUGCAUUAUGACAGACAGCAUUAUGAGUAAAGCUGCCACAAUGGAGAUUCCUAUCAACAGUAAUGGAGACACAGGGACCCUACCAGAAGAUGACAGCCUUGAACAGGCUGCAAAACUGCAGUGGAACUUAGAUGAGAAGGUAGGGAGCUCCAGAGGCACCAGGGACCUCCAGCAGGUGAUGGUAUCGGGUCCCAAUCUCAACGAGACAAGCAUUGUAUCAGGAGGCUAUGGAGGAACAGCAGAGGGAAUCAUCCCCACCAGCUCAAUCAAAGGCCCUGCUGUGCACUACAAUGCAGAGUUUAACAAAAGGAUCCCUGUUGAAGGAUUAGGUUCCAACAUGCACCACAGCAGCAGCAGCUCGUCAAUGGCGGCAGACGAAGCGACCCGCGGGGUGGCUGUGGAAAAGCUAGAAACAAUGAAGAAGUGGGGUCUCAACACUUACAAGUGUACAAAGCAAAUUAUCUCGGAGCGUUUCGGUCGGGGUUCCCGGACUGUGGACCUGGAGCUCGAGGCCCAGAUAGAGGUCCUGAGAGACACUAAAAAGAAAUAUGAGAAUGUGCUGCGAUUGGCCAGAGCGCUGACCAACCACUUCUACAACAUGGUGCAGACACAGCAUGCACUGGGGGACACCUUCGCUGACCUCAGUCAGAAAUCUCCAGAGCUGCGGGAUGAGUUUGGCUACAAUGCAGAGACUCAGAAGUUGCUGUGUAAGAAUGGGGAGACUCUACUUGGUGCUGUUAACUUCUUUGUGUCAAGCAUCAACACACUCGUCAACAAGACCAUGGAGGACACCCUAAUGACAAUCAAGAUGUAUGAAAAUGCCAGACUGGAGUUUGAUGCCUACCGGUCAGACCUGGAGGAACUGAGUCUGGGACCGAAGGACGCUGUUGCCAUGGCCCGCAUAGACACUGCUCAGCAACAGUACCAAGUCCAGAAGGACAAGUAUGAACGCCUCCGCUCAGACGUCAUCAUUAAACUCAAGUUCCUGGAGGAGAAUAAGGUGAAGGUGAUGCAUAAGCAGCUCCUCCUCUUCCAUAAUGCCAUCUCGGCGUACUUUGCUGGCAACCAGGAGCAGCUGGAGCAGACGCUGAAGCAGUUCAACAUAAAGUUGAGGCCUCCAGGUGCUGACAAGCCCUCCUGGUUAGAGGAGCAGUGAGGAGGUCUGCCGGACCUCCUGCAGCCUCGUCUCGACCACAUCCACCCGUUACCGGUUGAAACCCCAACUUACAGAGGACCACUACAGAAGAGGGAAACGCAUACGUGUAAUUGGGUGGAUUAAGAUAUGAGAUGAGCGUGUGGCUGGAUGAUUGGACAGAUGGAUUGCAGGGUCUUAUUGAUGAGUGAGAAAAAUGCAGCAGGGAACCAAGCGGCCAGUUUCAUGAACAGUCAGGGGGCUUUUAGGGCCUCUUCCCAACUUCCUGUUUCACCCACUCUGACCUUUUUUUGUGCUUUGUUCCCAGAGGAACUGCUCAUCUCCCCAUCCCUUUCUCCCAUUUGACUCACUUCUAUUUCAGCACUAUACUUAGUCAUGUUCAUGGUCAUUAUUGUUCUCCUCAAGUGCUCCCAGUGCUCUGAGUUAAACUUCACACGCCAUCUUGGUAACAGACGGGUGACAUAAGGAAGAAUGACAAAUCCAUUAAAACACACUUGGAUGUAACCAAACAUGGCAUCAAAACUCUUCCAGACCUUAUCACUCUCCUCGUGUGCCUCCUUUAUUUAUGAGAAAAACACCCUAAAUGAACAUGUGGCCUGCAGGAAGAAAGAUAAAUUAAGAAAAAAAAGAUUUAAAACUCCACAUGAAUGGGAUUUGGUUCACUGGAAAGGAAUGCUUUGGCAUUUCAAAUCAAUGUACAUUUCAAAUUAAGUACCAUUUAACUGGAAAUAAUUAGUAUAUGAUUGUUUGUAGCUUAGAAAACAAAAAGACUGCUGUUUUAGUUUUCGCUGUUUGACUGACGUGUUUUUAUUUAGUAAUAUUUCAGUACUAGUCUGCUUGCGUCAUGCUUCAGAGUGAAGGACAGGAUUCUGUUUGGCAACGUCUGCUGCUGCUUGAGAGGGAAAGUAAGUCGGAAUUGGUCUGUAAUUAUCAGAAAUGCUACAGAUUUCAAUUGUAACCUGAGAGUUUAUUGACUUCAACUCCAUAUAUGCAACAAUUGUUUAAGGAACACUGCCACAGCUUCCCAAAAAGUUAUACUGGUUGUGAUCUUUACUAAUUGUAUUUUAUUUACCCAAAGAUAAAGCUGUCUCCUUGUUAUGUUUUCAGUGGUUGGUUCAGUCUCACUGGACUGAGGAGGCUUUGAGGGACAGUUGAACCGUGCACGAUCAGACAGUUAAGAUACAACAAGCUUUAAGGGAUUCACUCCAUUAUUUAAUUGUUUAACAGAUUGUACUUAAAAGGAAUUAAUUACAUAUUUGUCCACAUUGAUACAUUGAAAUGUGUUUUGUCUUUAAUGAUAUUAAGGACAUGUCAUUGACAUCUAGGUCUUUCAGUCGCCCUGAAGCAGAAUAUAUUUGUCUAUGGUUACCUUUCUUCACACUGAAGAUUACUGUAAUUGUCUAACAUUACUAAUAUUUCCACAUCAAAUCUUGUAAAUUAGUAGUUGGGGAAUGGGAUGGCACUACUUAUUUAUCAUUUGUUUCAUAUCCUUUAAUUUAACAUUGUCUUAGUAUAAUAAACAAUCAUCUGUUGUUGACAAUUAGGAGAAGGUAUUACCAGAACAUAACGGCAUGGUACUACAAAUGUAAUGUAAUUUUUAUGCUUCAUUGUAUUUAUUAUGUUCAUUAUAUCUGUUACUUUGUUUGAACCAACAUAUUUGUAUCCUGAUACUUCUGUGCAAAUUACUCAGUUUAUGAGUAUAACGUUAAUGGCGUUUUGCAGAUGACACACUAAUGUGAGAAUAUCCCACACUAACAAAUUAUGUAAUUUAUUUACUCCAAAAAAUGUUUCUAAACUAACUGAUCAAAAGUUAAGUGUCGAACUUCUGAAGUCAAAUGCAGAUAAUCCAGUAUCAUGAAUGUUUUGCCAUGCUGAACUGAACUGUGAUCAGUUAAUGGGUUAGUGCUCCACCUUCUUGUCUCCUCUGUAUUUGCAUGGCAGGCAGCAAUCCAAAGUACAGGUGCAUAUGAGCGUCAGUGCAUCGUGGGAUAUAUAUAUAUAUAUAUAUAUAUAUAUAUUGUGUGUGUCUCUUUCCCACAAUGCACUGACGCUCUACUCUGCCUUCUGCACGCCAGCUUGCAUGGACGGCAUGACGGCAUGACGCCAUGCUUGCGGUUGUUGAUUCACGUCUUGAUAUUGGCUGAAGGGAAAUCACAAUAUGGGGGUUUUCUUUUAAAUUGUCUUGGGGACAAUAAUCGAAGGAAGGUGAUUAUGUGAUUUUUUAAUGAAAAGCAGGUAUCACAAAUGUAUUGUAUGAUUUGGUUGGCUUGUGUUUUCUGAGCUUGUAUCUGUCACUGUGUCAAAUGGGUGUAUUUUCUUCUGGCUGAAAGUUGCUCAGUAGCCACAAGUGAGACCAAGGUCUCACUUGUGGCUACUGAGCAACAGAAAAAUGCAGUUUCCCUGAUCAGCUCCUGAUCGCCACACAGCAAUAUGAACAAAAUGUGACUCCUCUUUUCCAAACCUGCCCCGUUGAAACUCCAACACCAAAAUUAAUGGCAAUAGGAUAUUUUUUGUUCCUCAAUUGUGAAACCUCUAGCAAAUUGAAAAGAAGUGUGAGAAGCAUUUAUAGUCACUGUACUAUCAGUCUUUAGAUUGUUGCUGAGAGAGAACCAAGAUUUAUAACAUGAGAUAUUUUAUUUGUGUACAAUCAAUAUUUUCUAGUCUGAGCUGAUGUAUUGUACUGUAUGAAUGAUUGCACUUAAUGGCAUUUAAGAUGAUAAAUGAUGAUGUUGUGUCAUGGAUUGAUGUGAUACUCUGCCUUCAUUCCUCACUCAGACCUGCAAAGUCCCACCCAACCCUGAGGGAACAAAUUAAAAGUACACAUUUUCAAAUG